AUGUCUGAGGGGCGUUCGUUGUUGACGUUGAACGCUCGCUAUAUUUCCAUAGCUCAUACUGUAUGCGCUGCUUCUGCGUUCAUAGCUGCUCUUAUUGUCGGGUGCCUUCUUCAUUACAACAAGAUUGUUGAGAAUGCUCAUUAUGGUUAUCCAGAUGAAUGGUUCCCGAGUGUGAGUGCGACAAUUGGUGACAGAUACCCUGAAAGAGCGGUCUUCCAGAUCCUCAUUGCGUUGACGUCGGGCCCGAGGUUUCUGCUCUUGAUCACCUCAUUCUUCCGCUAUAGCGGUACCAAGACAACCAGUCAAAACGUGUUUGGCUUGCUUGUGGGUGUCCUGAGAACUGUCACCUGCGGAGGAUGGGUGUAUAUCACAAGCACUGACGAUCACGAUGCACAUGACGUGUUCAUGAUUGCGUACAUCGUUUUGACCAUUCCAUGGGAUACCUACGUGAUCACGGCAACUCCAAAGAGAACGAGAUUGAGAAGUUACAGGCUGUGGACCUGUUUGGCGUUCUUUGGAACUUUAGUACCACUGAUAUACUGGUUCAUCCAACACAAGAUCCACAGAGUUGCUGGUGCUUACUCUGUUUAUGCCUACUUUGAAUGGUCAUUGAUCAUUUUGGACAUUGCAUUCGACGCAUGGACUGUCGUGGACUUUGCAGAUUUGACAUUGGUAUUGCAAGGCACUGAGUUGGGGUUUCAGCUGAAGCAGGAGACUACAGAGUCUUCAUCUGUUGAAACAUCGGCGUAUUCUGUUAAUGACGUUGGCUUAUUCGAAAUCGUUAUAAACACAAUCAACGCGUUUAUGUUUUGGUCUGUGAUUACCGGUUUGCCACUGGUUGUUUGGUACUUUUCCCUUUGGGAAUUGGCAUUCUCAGGCUUUGAAGUCUCUAUUGUUGCCAAUAUCUUCACCUUCCUCUUGUUGAUUCCAUUUGUCAAGAAAUUCUUUACCUAUUACCCACAGGUGUCCCGUUUCAUUGGUGUCUUGGCAGGUGUUGGGUCGUAUAAGAUCCAUCAAGAAGACUACAGAUUAUUGGCCAAUGGUAUUGCGUGUGUGUUUAUGUGGAUUUCUUUGGCGAAUGAAGUUCAUUGUUACUCAUUCGAUAACAAACGUGGAAAGGUUUACGCAACAACCUUUACGCUCGGUCUUAUCCUCACUUCAAUUGCAAAAUUUGCCAAUUAUACCAAUAACCCAAUUUGGCCAAUCAUGAACGAAUUCAACGGUGGUUGGAACAUGACUGGUUUGAUCAUUGGCUUGGUGUCGGCUUUGUUUACUCCAAGAUCAAAAUCAACUGGUACCACUGUAUCAGCCGUCGAGAACACACCAUCGUUUCUCAUCACCUCAGUCGGACUUGGUGCAUUGCUCUUCAGCUUGCAUGCCAUGAUUACUGAUUCUUCCACAAUGAUAACGUGGCUAUGGGAAGGUUAUCCACAUGUCGGACCAACUGCUGUACCACACGGUGCAAUCUCAAUUACAGUUGCUUUGCUCGGUGCAUAUUUGGGUUUGGCAUAUCCUGCCAUAACCUCACCAAUUUUUGUUGUCUUGGGCUGUAUAUCCGCAGCUGUGUUGUACAGCUUGAGAGGAUGGCUUGGAUACGCUGGUGUAUUGGGUUACACCAUAUUCCUCACCAGUGCAGUGCCAGCUUACUUCAACCAAGCAUCAAAGUUCCAUCCUGGAAAGAUCUUUACGUUGACUGGCUUAAUCAACAUCCUUUACCUUUUGGCACACGUUUGGGUCGUUGCUUAUGCAUUUGUUCCUGCAGGUUGGUUGCUCAGAGAAAGAACAGAUAUCGUCUUAGGAUCAUCUACUGUUUUGGUCGCUGCUGGCCUUUUGUCCUUCAACAAGCUUAGUGCUCCACAGAUUGACGUUUCAAGUGCGUUGUGCAGCGUCAAGAAGAUCAUAUACCCGCUCAUUGUAAUAAGUGGACUCAUCGCUUAUAUCCGUUUACCAACUUCAGACCCAGUGCCAUACCAUCCAGGGACAAAUAUGUUCACGGCAGGUAUCUGGACAAUCCAUUUUGGCCUCGACAACGAGAUGUGGGCUUCUGAGGGACGUAUGCGUGAUUUGAUUCGUGAUCUAGAGCUGGACAUUGUUGGACUCUUAGAGUCUGACACGCAGAGAGUCGUCAUGGGUAACAGAGACUUGACCCAAAAGUUGGCACAUGAUUUGAACAUGUACGCUGAUUUUGGACCGGGCCCUAACAAGCACACCUGGGGUGCUGCUCUCUUAUCCAAGUUCCCAAUCAUCAACUCCACACACCACUUACUUCCUUCCCCCGUGGGUGAAUUGGCACCUGCCAUUCAUGCCACUUUAGACAUCUAUGGUGAACUCGUGGAUGUUGUUGUCUUCCACUCGGGUCAAGAGGAGGACGUUGAAGACAGACUGCUCCAAUCCUUGGGUGUUCGUGACAUCAUGGGGUCGAGCAACAGACCAAUGGUUCUUCUAAGUUACCUGGUCACCACGCCGCUGGAGGGCAACUACCACAACUAUGUCUCCGACAAGAGCGGAAUGCACGACGUUGACCCUACUGACUGGGACAGAUGGUGCCAGUACAUCUUGUACAAGAACCUGGAGAGAACCGCGUAUGCAAGGGUCAGUAGAAGCACAAUCACUGACACCGAAGUACAGGCUGCUAAAUUCGUCGUAAAUUCACCCGAGGCUCAGAGUUACUCACAACAGAGAAUCAGCGAGGACGAUGUUCCAGAGGAGAUGAGAUUCCCGCUGAUGUUCUACGGCGAGGGUGUAAGGGGACACGCUUACCACGUCUUUGAUGAGCCUCGCUACUACGAGUAG